GUGUGAGCGGGGCUAGCCGCGCGGACAGGCGCGCCCUGGCCGUUUCCUAGGAUACGAAACACACACGGCGCUGGAGCUUCACAAGGGAGCGAACGAGGGUGCCCAUAACAAUGGAAGCAGUGUCUCUCUGCCAGAUUCCUUAUUGCUAUAUCUCAUGAGCCUACCUGAUCUCGAGGAAGAGCCGUAUUUAAUGAUGACAAGCCUGUCAGCAGUGUAGCAACAAGAAGGAAAAGGGCCACAAAUAAAGAAGUAUUUAGAUUUCUAUUGCACAAGGAAGAUAUCUCCGUGAACAACCCCUCUGCACUACCUUUUCCCAAGAUGAACCGAUACACGACCAUGAGACAGCUGGGGGACGGCACCUAUGGGAGUGUGCUUAUGGGCAAGAGCAACGAGUCUGGGGAGCUGGUGGCCAUCAAGAGGAUGAAGAGGAAGUUCUAUUCUUGGGAUGAGUGUAUGAACUUGCGAGAAGUUAAGUCCCUGAAGAAACUCAACCAUGCUAAUGUGAUUAAACUAAAAGAAGUUAUCAGAGAAAAUGACCAUCUUUAUUUUAUAUUUGAAUAUAUGAAAGAAAACCUCUAUCAGCUAAUGAAAGACAGAAACAAACUGUUCCCUGAGUCAGUCAUCAGAAAUAUUAUGUAUCAGAUACUGCAGGGGCUGGCCUUUAUCCACAAACAUGGCUUUUUUCACAGGGACAUGAAACCCGAAAACUUGCUUUGUAUGGGUCCAGAGCUGGUGAAAAUUGCUGAUUUUGGACUUGCAAGAGAAUUGAGAUCACAGCCACCAUAUACUGACUAUGUGUCUACCAGAUGGUACCGUGCUCCUGAAGUUUUACUAAGAUCUUCGGUGUACAGCUCCCCCAUUGACGUGUGGGCCGUGGGAAGUAUAAUGGCCGAGCUAUAUACGUUUAGGCCUCUUUUCCCAGGGACAAGUGAGGUUGAUGAAAUCUUUAAAAUUUGCCAAGUGUUAGGGACUCCCAAGAAAAGUGAUUGGCCAGAAGGAUACCAACUUGCAUCCUCCAUGAAUUUCCGCUUUCCUCAGUGCAUCCCUAUAAACCUAAAAACUCUAAUUCCCAAUGCCAGCAGCGAGGCUAUUCAGCUUAUGACAGAAAUGUUGAGCUGGGACCCAAAGAAACGACCAACCGCAAGCCAGGCAUUGAAGCACCCAUAUUUUCAAGUCGGUCAGGUAUUGGGCCCUUCCACACACCAUCAGGAUGCAAAACAGACUUUAAACAAGCAGCUGCAGCCACUGGAACCAAAGCCAUCUUUCUCUGAACGAGAUCCUAAGCCUUUGCCAAACAUACUUGAUCAGCCUGCCGGGCAGCCCCAACCAAAGCAGGGCCACCAACCACUGCAGCCCAUUCAGCUACCACAAAAUACAGAGAUCCAGCCACCUCCAAAGCAGCAGGGUCACCAGAAACCACCACAAACGAUGUUUCCAAGCAUCAUCAAAACCAUGCCAAUGAAGUCAGUCAACACACUGGGCCAUAAAGGAGCUCGGAGACGCUGGGGCCAGACGGUCUUCAAGUCUGGAGACAGCUGUGACGGCUUUGAGGACUGCGACCUCGGGGCCUCCCAUUCCAAGAAGCCGAGCAUGAGCACCUGCAAGGAAAAGAAGAAAGAGUCUCCAUUUAGGCUCCCAGAGUCGGGACCCCCAGGCUCCACCCACUCCAAGGGGGAAAACAGGAGUUUACACGCGGCUGUUUCCCUGAAGUCCGAUACAAACUUGUCAACUGCUUCAACUGCUAAGCAGUACUAUUUGAAACAAUCAAGAUACCUCCCAGGUGUGAAUCCCAAGAACGUGUCUUUGGUAGCCGGGGGCAAGGAUAUUAAUGCACACGCUUGGAAUAGCCAACUAUUUCCUAAGUCGUUGGGAUCCGUGGGGGCGGAACUUGCCUUCAAGAGGAAUAAUGCAGAAGAAAGCAUUAUUAAACCGAUUGAACACCUGUCAUGCUCUGAAAAGUUCGCUGAGAAGCUAGAGGACCGGCAAGGAACCCUUGGAAGCUACACCACUUACAACCAGACAGGAUACAUGCCUUCCUUUCUCAAGAAAGAAGUGGGGUCAGCUGGCCAGAGGAUCCACUUGGCACCUCUUGGUGCGACGGCUUCGGAAUAUGCCUGGAACACAAAACCUAGCCGAGGCCCGUUUUCAGGACGAACUUACAAUCCCACAACAAAAAAUCUCAAUAUCAUGAACCGCACACAGCCAGUCCCCUCGGUGCACGGGAGGACAGACUGGGUGGCUAAGUACGGAGGCCACCGGUAGAAGGGGUGGACACCCUGAAGCACCACUCCGCAGAGGACUCUCCAGCCCCUGACCCUGGGAGAUGUCUACAGAGUCUAUUUCUACUGAGUUCCCCCAAGAAACACACCACUGUGGGUACCUCAAAGAGCAGAAGUCGGCUCCCGUUUCUUCCUUUCCUGGAAAUGCAAUGCGUUUUCUUAACUCGUGGCCCGCAGUGCUGAUGCAGCACCGUGCCGAGACUUUCGAGCGGGAUUUUACAGAGUAUUGAAUAAACUAUUUGCCAAAGUA